CAACAACCAACAACCAACUACCAACUACCGAGGGAUGGCUUGAUGAACCUCAGCCCACUAGCUCGUGGAUAGCAUAAACCAUGUUCCUCUUCGGCCCAGCCUCUGGAAGCUCUACCAACCAAUCUCCAUUGUCUCGUGGCCAUGGGCUCCGUCCGCCGUAUACACUCUAGCGACUGGGUGACGGAUUUCUUACGACACGUUCUGGAACAAGAUGCGCCUUCGACGCUGCUACUUGUAUGCUCGUCGAGGGAGCAGUUCCUAGAGCAGCUGUUUGCUGCGAGUCACAUGCAGCAAAGGGAGACUGGAGAACGCCAUUACAUACUUACAAAAACCAUCGGAUUACUUUCCAAGUCGACUAGGAUCAAGCUGGUCUUUUGUCCCACACUGGAGCAUCUCCGGGCCUAUAUGGUGGUGAUACAACCACAAGAGCCCCCCCAGCAGGGGUUAGACAUGGAGGGAAGGCAAGCAGCACGUCCUAUGAUGGCGAUCCUGGAUCCUCUGGCGUUGCACCUCCCUACCUCGGAAUUUUCUGCUCAAGGCCUGUCCAGAACGUUGGCCGCUGCGGUGGAGGUAUCCUCACGAGCGGGGAUGGAUCUCGUGCUCUGCGAAUGCCGAAACGCCACGGAUCCUUCCGACAGGCAACGGGGCGAGGCAUUGUGGCACACGCAGGUGCCACUCCUGAACAGUUUCGCACGGAUAGGGGAGGAAACCGUCUCUUUUCGGAGAGGAGUGCCUGUGAAAAGAGUUGCACAGCGGUGGUUUGACUUCGAGAACGAGCAUCCGGCCACUGACACAAUGGACGUCUGAGUGUUUCGCGGUAAAAGAAAUAGGAAUUGACAGAGCUAAAUGCAGCCGAGCGAGUAUGUACUACAACU